AUGAACGGCGAUACCUACUCAUCCAGGGAUACUGGACGUUCCCGCGAUCACUACCGCGAGGAGCGACGUGAGCGAGACCGACCCGAACGCGGAGCUGACCGAGCUGCCGACCGAGGUGCUGAACGUGGUUCCGAACGAGGAUCCGAGCGUGGAGCUGAACGGGGGGGUCGGAGUGACCGCGGCGAACGACGCCGAUCGCGUUCGCCUCAUCAUGGAUCCCGAGCUGACUCCCGUCGGGAGCGCGAAGUGAACUCAUACUCAACCAGCCGUGACUACCGUGCCCGCGAGCGCGAGGACCGCUAUUCUGUCCGUCGCGAUGAUCGUGAGUGGGACCGUGGCGACCGUGCCGAGCGUGGUGGUGGUGACCGGGGCGACCGUCGCCGGCGUGACUUUGACGACAGACCCCGUCGCGACCUGUUUGACGACCGACGCGGCGGACGCGGUGAUCGUGGAGACCGUGGAGACCGUGGAGACCGUGAGAGAAGAGAGCGCAAGCGAAGCGCCACGCCCCCGCGGCGCAAGGAGCCUACUCCCGAUUUGACAGAUGUGCCCUCGGUGUUGACUCGCAAACGUCGUUUGACUCAAUGGGAUAUGAAGCCGCCUGGUUACGAGAAUGUUACGGCUGAACAGGCAAAGAUCUCAGGAAUGUUCCCUCUUCCCGGAGCUCCUCGUCAGCAGCCAAUGGACCCCAGCCGCAUGAAGGACUUCCUGAACCCCCCAACUGGCGAUAGCGAGAAUGCCGCCCUCAAGCCUUCCAACUCUCGUCAAUCAAAGCGCCUUUUCGUUUACAACAUCCCGCCUGGUGUUUCGGGCGAUGCCGUUAUUGCCUUCUUCAAUCUUCAGUUGAAUGGUCUGAAUGUUAUUCACAGUGUCGACCCUUGUAUCUCAGCCCAAGUUUCUGAAGACAAAACAUUCGCACUUCUGGAGUUCAAGGAUCCAAAUGACGCCACAGUCGCAUUGGCUUUCGAUGGAAUUACCAUGCCGGAGAGUGGAGACAAGGGACUUGAAGUGCGACGACCAAAGGACUACAUUGUUCCCGACGGCAGCGCAGCGCAGCCAGUCCAGCCCGGCGUCGUUCUGAGCGAGGUGCCUGAUUCACCCAACAAGAUCUGCAUCUCGAAUAUUCCCACCUACAUCAAUGAGGACGCUAUCAUCAUCUUGCUAACGUCAUUCGGCGAACUGAAGUCGUUUGUCUUGGUCAAGGAUGCUGCCACAGAAGAGUCUCGGGGAAUUGCCUUUUAUGAAUACGUCGACCCGAACAGCACUACUAUGGCCGUUGAAGGUUUGAACGGCAUAGAACUGGCCGACCGCCACCUCAAGUUUGUUCGCGCCAGUAUUGGAACCACGCAAGCCUCUGGCCUCGACAUGGGUGUGAAUGCCAUGCAGAUGUUCGCCAAGACCACCUCCCAGGAUCUCGAGACCACCCAGGUCCUGCAGCUCCUCAACAUGGUCACGCUUGACGAGCUCCUCAAUGACGAAGAUUACGAAGAAAUCAUGGAGGACGUGAGCGAGGAAUGCUCCAAGUUCGGAAAGAUUAUCGGAAUUAAGAUCCCCCGCCGCGGACAUGGCGCUGGCAAGAUCUUCAUUAAGUACGAUAGCGCUGAGUCUGCCACCAACGCUCUCAAGGCGCUGGCGGGUCGCAAGUUCUCUGACCGUACAGUCGUUGCCUCAUACUUCGGGGUUGAGAACUUCGACACCGAGGCCUGGUAA